AUGCUCGCCUACAUCCUCCUCGCCCUUCUGGCUCUCUUCGACCGCACUCUCGCCGGCCCAACCACGUUCCGCAAAUACAAAGCCGGCUGCACGGCUCUCAUCGAGGAGCAGCCCUGGCACAUCACCAACCUCAUCACCUUCCAGACCCACGCCGGCGUCCGGAACCGCUCGUCGUACAUCUCCUUUGACUUCAAGGACGUCAACAAGGGACUCGAAUUGACCACUUCAUGCAACCGGACGCUCCCCGUCGGCUCCAAUGCGACUCUCUCGGACGCGCGGUACCAUCACUGCGUCAACCAGUCCGUCAAUUUCGUCUUCGAGAACGGCGUUGUGUCGCUCGAGCGGUACUUUGAAGACCCGUGGUGAGUGCUUUUUUCGUUUCAGUCCGGAGAUCUUGAGCGUGCACUUACUUUGUCACUAGCAUUGGCGACUAUCCUUACAAUAGUGCUAUUGCAUAUGGCCAUGCCACUCCGCUCUUCAACUCGACCAAGGUGUCUGCAGGCGUCUUUUCUACUCAGAUCGAGAUGGAGGUGCCUGUCUCUUCCAUGUCCUAG